CAAAAAUCUCCUCAUCUACGUCUACGGCUUCUCUCCUCUCCCACUCUCUGCCUCUGUAGCUCCCCAUGGCGACGAUCAGCAUCGCUUCUGUUUCAAUCACAGGUGGUUCUCGUCUGAAAUCACAUGAGCUUUGGUCCCCAAAGCACAAUUCACUUAAUAAUUUGCCCAGGUUGACAUAUCAAAGGAAAUCAAAUCAACCGCAAAUCAAGAAGCUUUCAGUUCGUGCGAAGUACAAUGAUCGUAUAGGCGGAGAAGGUGACUUUGUUGCGGGUUUCCUUUUGGGAGGCGCAUUGUUUGGAAGUGCAGCUUACAUUUUUGCGCCGAAGAUCAGGAAAGCACUGCGAAAUGAAGGUGACAAUGGUUUCCUGAGGCCAAAGGGACCAAUGUAUGAAGGCUAUUAUGAUGAUCAUGAAGGUGGUUUAGAGAAGACCCGACACUCCUUGAAUGAAAAAAUUGGCCAACUCAAUUCUGCCAUUGACAAUGUGUAUUCACGGUUGAGAGGUGGCAAGAAAAUGCCUCCUAUACCGGUUGAAAGUGAGGCCGAUGAAUUUAUCGCGUAAGACCUGCUUCUAUUUGUUGCACAAUAAUAAGCAAAACUUUCUGAGUUUCGUAUCAAGUAGUUGGAUUACCUUUUACAUUUUUUUAAAGAAUUUAUCAUUGUUUGAUGGUACUCGGGUCAUGCAGAAUUCAAGUAAUAUCCCAUAAUUGUGUGCACUUGAGGUUGA